ACAACAACUCAUCGAACUCCAAAUACAUUACGUGGACAUCGUCCAAGUGCCCAACUUGAAGAUAUAUUAAAUACAGUAGAUCGUUUACAACGAUUUCGUCUUAAUGAUCAACGAACAAAUCUUCCAUCAACAAUUAGUCAUGAUGAUAAUAAUAAUAAUACUUCAACAACGAAUGAAAGUCUUUCACAAUUGAAUGAACAAUUUUUUGAUCAACUAGCUAAAUGUCAAGAUUCUCGUCUUGAUGAUCAACGUGCUGUACUUAUACCGAUACAUAAUCAUAAUGCAUCUAAUGAUAAUUCAUCAACAAGACCAACAUCAGCAUCAUCAGCAAUAAUAUCAACAACAACAGCAAUAGAAUCACUAUCGAGCAAUUCAUCGAAUGAAUCAACAUCAAAAACUUUACCCGAUGAUGAUUUUUUUUCACUUCUUAAUCGUUUACAAUCACGUCGUAUUGAUCAACAACGAACAUGUUUACCAACAACAACAACAACAACAAAUACAAAUUCUCCACUUGCAUCACCGACUUCUAGUAGCACACCAUCAAAACGAACCCGUGUAAAACAAUAA